AGAGAGACACAGACACAGUACAGUGCAGGUGAAGCAGACUCUCAGCACAGGGCAUAUGUUUUAUUUUUAUUACAAUAACUUUUUUCUUCUUCCAAAGUGGACCGUCUCUGUAUUUUUGCAGCUGCCUUUCCCAUUCUAAGCGUCGCUGUAAAGCAAAAUCCAGACUAUGUUGUUUAGGUAAAAGUGGCACACAAACUGGCAUUGGAAUGCUUGGCUGUUAACCCCUUGUUGGAUUGUCUGUUGGAGUUAUUGGAAAGUUAGGUGACGUGUUAGAUAAUCAUGGCAGAGCAGUUGACGUUGUCGGAUUGGAGUGUCUCUGUGUUGUAAAAAAAAGUGAACUUGCAAAGCUUUGUGAAGGGAUUUAACAUUGGAUGCUAUUGCUGCUACUACUACCCCCUGGUAGCCGGAUCUCUCUUCAUUGCAUUUAUUCUCGCAGCCUAGCGCUGCUGAUGCUGUUGUUCAUUUAGGACUCAGAGGGACCGGGUGCCCGCUACCACCUCUUCCUGUAGUCGCCUCCAUGCCUGGAUUACAUCAAAUGUUAAACACCAUUUACGAGGCUGAUUCUGCUUCUUCCGCAGAUGGCAUCAGACGGGGUAAUCCGGGGCUGAGGUACGGCCAGAAAAGCGGCGCUGCGGGACCAGUGGAUCUUAGCAUCCCCGUCAGCACAAUAACGACGCAGACUACCCACAUGGACUUUCACCUAGUUCAGCGAUUUGGACAGCGCUCAGACACUGCACUCCUGACUCCCAAACAGUCCCAGCAAACUCUCUUCCAAGCCAUCUCCCAGCACCAGCAAGCGGAACCCAAGAUUCGGAGCCUGGAUUCACCCUGUCGGAACACAGAUCACGGACGCCAGCAGUUGAACAAGGAAAGACCUAAAUGUGCUAUGGCGAGUCCUGCAGUAAAACAGAAACUGCUGGAGAAGAUCCUGAACAAGCAGCAGAUUGCACCAGACCGUAACAAUAUGGCCAAUCACAUCAGCCCUGUCAUAGCCUACAGACCUCCCGAGCACAUUAAACAAGAACCCCCUCAGCCUACUGUCCUGACUAACUUAAUACAUCAAGUUGCAGCUGCUUCCGGCAACCAACCUGAGCAUUACCCACUCCGCAAGACAGUAUCUGAGCCUAACUUGAAGUGGCCUGGCAGAUUCAAGAAGUCUGGGAGGAAGAACCCACUCACCCGCAAGGAGAGUGCGCCGCCUGCAGUCAGGAGGAGACCUCCAGAGACGCAGGACUCUUCCCCAAGCAGCAGUAGCACUCCUGUGUCCGGCUGCAGCUCUCCAAAUGAUAGUAUCGCUGCUGAAAACGGGAGCCUCUCCUCAAUCCCAGGAGCUACCUCAGAGGGGGAGAUGGAGCGGAGAACAUUGCAAAGUUUGGUUCAUAGAGUUCCUCUGCUGACCACACAUCCUACAGUCUUCAUGCAGUCAGGGAUAGAAGGCCAUGAUGGUACAAAUUCCUUGGCCACUACUCGACUUCAGCCUGUUAUCAUACUAGAAUCCUCAGGUGCACACACACCAAUGGUGGCAGUUCACAGCAUUGCAGGUCCUAUGCAGUUUACACACUCCAUCAUCAGCCCUGAUCAUUUAUCAGCAACUAGACACCACAAACCGCUGAGCCGGACACGCUCAGAGCCUCUGCCUCAAAAUCAAAAGACACUUCAUCAGCAGCUGCUUUAUCAGCAUCAAUACCCAUUAUUCCCGGAGCAUAUGAAACAUCGUCAGCUAGCAAAGCGGGUAGUUAAGACAAGUGAGAAACCAAGAUUACACCAGAUCCCAUCAGAGGAAAUGGAUGAGAGUGGUUCUGCCUGCGAGAGGCCAACAGAAAUGGGAUCAAAUGCUGCAAGAGGCUGUGUUGAGGUCAUACGAGGAGGACAAUCCGAUGCCCCCAGCAACAACUACUCAGUGAUGCAACCACAGCAUAGCUUCAUGCAGCAGGCGUAUUUAUGGGACCAGAGUCAUCACCGUACUCACCAGCAGUUAAAGCGGCCUCUGGAAACCCUCAUGAUUCCUAUUCAGCAAGGCGGACAUCGUCCGCUAACAAGAGCAAAGUCCUCUCCAGCAUCAGCGUCCCUUCCCACUCCAGAUCCGUCCACCAAAACAGUGUCCCUUCCUGUUCCAGAGCAGGCCUCCAAGUCGCACUUCACUACAGGAGUCGUGUAUGAUUCAGUAAUGCUGAAGCACCAAUGUACAUGUGGAGACAACAGCAAUCACCCAGAGCAUGCUGGGAGAAUCCAGAGCAUCUGGUCUCGUUUACAGGAGAGAGGAUUGCGUAAUAAUUGUGAAUGUAUACGUGGCCGGAAAGCAACUCUGGAAGAGCUUCAGUCUGUACACAGCGAGACUCACGUUCUUCGUUACGGCACUAAUCCUCUCAACAGACUUAAACUGGACGAUCACAAGCUGGCAGGUAUUUUAUCACAGAGGAGGUUUGUCAUGCUGUCUUGUGGUGGACUUGGGGUGGACAGUGACACCAUCUGGAACGAGCUGCACUCCUCAAACGCAGCGCGCUGGGCAGCUGGCAGUGUUAUAGAGCUGGCAUUUAAAGUGGCCACACGUGAAUUAAAAAACGGUUUUGCAUUAGUGAGACCUCCUGGACACCACGCAGAUCCUACAAAUGCAAUGGGUUUUUGUUUCUUUAACUCUGUGGCCAUUGCAGCAAAGCAGCUACAGCAAAGACUGGAUGUCAGAAAGAUAUUAAUUGUGGACUGGGAUGUGCACCAUGGUAAUGGAACACAGCAGAUCUUUUACAAGGACCCAAACGUCCUCUACAUCUCCCUGCAUCGACAUGAUGAUGGCAACUUUUUCCCUGGGAGUGGAGCAGCUGAUGAGGUUGGUGCUGGAGCUGGUGAAGGAUUUAAUGUGAAUGUUGCCUGGACUGGCGGGUUAGACCCUCCCAUGGGAGAUGCUGAAUACCUUGCCGCUUUCCGGACUGUGGUAAUGCCCGUUGCUCAUGAAUUCUCUCCAGAUGUUGUUUUGGUCUCCGCUGGCUUUGAUGCAGCCGAAGGACACCCAGCUCCACUCGGAGGAUAUAAAGUGACAGCCAAAUGCUUUGGUCAUAUGACCCGUCAGCUUAUGAAUUUGGCUGAAGGCCGAGUCGUUCUUGCUUUGGAGGGUGGUCAUGACCUGACGUCAAUAUGUGAUGCAUCAGAAGCCUGUGUAUCUGUCUUGCUGGGGAAUGAGCUGGAUCCUGUCCCUGAAGAGACAUUGAGGCAGAGACCGAAUCCUAACGCUCUUCGUUCUUUAGAAACCGUCAUUCAAGUCCAAAGUAAAUACUGGACAUCUGUUAAGCGUUUUGCAUCCAAAGUUGGAUACUCACUCCUGGAAGCCCAGAAACACGAUAUAGAUGAGGUUGAAACAGUAACAGCCUUAGCUUCUCUGUCAGUGGGUAUGGGCACAAUGUCGGCAGCUGGGAGCAGCAGACCUCAGGAUGAGCCAAUGGAGGAAGAUGAUGAUAUGAGUCUAUGACCAAUCAAGAUGUUUGUUACUAAUUUUUGAUGUGUUCCUUGGAGCCGGUAAUCUUCCACAGAUGCAGCAAACUAUUUUGUUUUAAAUCACAACAGAGACAAUUCUCUCACUCUUGAAUCCAUUGCUGAACAAGAUCAAGAUACAUUAACAGACUGCUUCCAUUUUGAUUCUGACUUGACUUGUUUCCUGAGCAUGCAGAAAGAUUAUGCAGAAAGAGACCAAAGACAUUAUUUUUUUUGACCAAAGAUACCACUCAGGUGUGAAGAUAAAAAAAUAAGUAGGUUGACCAAAGAUUGGCUAUUGCCCCAGUUAGAAGAAUAUUAAAUAGAUCUUUAUAAGAUCUGAAAAGAUGAAUGAUGCUUUUGUGUGAACUCAAAUCUACCUUACCUGCCACAAAUACAUUAAUCAUCUAUUUGAAAACAACAAUGAUAUUGCUUUAUUUGUCAGACAGAUGGCAUUUACUGUACAUAGUCAAUUAAUUCACCAGUCUAACAAUCAUUUGGAAUUUAUCUGAUUCUACACUCUUUUGUGUUUGGUGAUAGUUCUCAAUGUAAGACAGAAAAUACAUUUCCACAACCCAUAAACAGUGUCAGAUUUCCUGUAAAAUACCAAUGGACUUUCACCAAAGACAUCUCAUCUGGAAACCUAACAGUUUAUUUUAGACUUAACUGCAGAGUUUUCUUUGCAAGAUACAUAAGUUGUUUCCUUGGACCUAGAAGUGCCUGAUACACCUGGAAUCCAGAAGAUGUCUUGUUUUCGCAUUGUUCUUCAUGACCACUAGCCCUACAUGGAAUUAAUUUUUGUAUUAUUCUUUUGCACUAUACAAAGGCGCACCCAACACCCCAUUUUAAAGACAUUUUAAAAUCUUGCAAAAACUUUUAAGAGGAUAUGUAUAAAAAGAGAAUGGAUCAUUUUUUUAAUUGCUGUAAAAUUAUGCUUAUUAAGACAUUGAACAUUGAUUACUAUACUGUUUUUUUGUCAUGUGCUUCAGCUUUCCAGUAGGGUUCAUAAGUUUCUCCAGAAGGUUAAGAUGGAAUUCUGUUAUGCACAUAUUGUUAUGAAAUGUAGGACAUUUUGUGUGUGGGUCUGUCAAAACUUUCCCUUUCAUUUGUUUCUACAAAAAUUGCUAGAAUCAUUUUUGUAUAGCUGUUUUGAUUAUGUCUACAUCAAAAGUUCUACAGAUGUUUCCGAUUCUUAACAUUUGUCACAGAUGUAAGAUAAAACAAUCUGUUCAUCUUGAUGCACUUUUAUAAACCUGUAUAUGUAGUCCCUGAAGUCUUUGUAGUUAUGACCUCUUGUGGUCCAUGUGCAUACCUCUUAGCUCCUAACAGAUCAUUUUUGGGCACAUGGCUUUAUCUAUCCUAUACAUCCAUUCCAUCAAGUUGAAAUAAACCUGUUUACUGUGUAUUUAA